GAGCUUUGAAAGAGCAAACUGUAAAAUGAGUCCUAAAAAUUUAAGGAGUUGAUUGUUGUGAAGCGGGCUCUCUUUCCCGCCAUUUGAGUCGAUCUGGUUGCCUAGCGAGAGAGAGAGUGAGAGAGCCGCAAAAAUGGAGUUCAGCCUGAGCGGGAACGCCCUAAAAACCUUCGCUAGGUGCAUCACGUGCCUCGCACGAAUUGGGAACGAGCUCGCCAUUCAAGCCUCUCCUUCUCAGCUUGCUUGUCACACACUCAACUCAUCGAGGUCUGCUUAUCAGUCUAUCGCAUUUAAGCCCGACUUUUUUGAUGUCUAUACAAUUUCUGGUACUCAAGUGCAAUGUAGUGUGCUUUUGAAGGCCAUUUGUUCUGUUCUUAGGACACCUCUUACAAGCAUUGAUCAUUUAAGUGUGGUAUUGCCUAACCUGGAUGCAUCAAAAGUGCAGUGGACUUUAGACUGCUAUAAUGGAAUGAGGAAAGCCUAUUGGAUUACUUGCAAUGUUGAACCUGACAUACAACAGCUUUCACUUGAUAGGAGAAAGCUUCCAAGCAGCUUUGUGGUGAGGCCUCGUGAUUUGAGCAGGUUGCUAGGUAAUUUCCAGUCAACCCUUCAGGAGAUUACUAUCAUUGCAACAGAACCCACAUCAUUGCCAUCUGAUGCGGCUAGUGAAAUUGGAGGGAAAGCUGUUGAACUUAGAAGUUACCUAGACCCCACCAAAGAGAAUGACUCAUCGCUACACACUCAGCUAUGGAUAGAUCCAACUGAAGAGUUUGUGCAAUAUACUCACACUGGGGACCCUGUAGAUAUUACAUUUGGUGUGAAGGAAUUGAAGGCAUUUCUUUCUUUUUGUGAAGGAUGUGAAGUUGACAUCCACCUAUAUUUUGAGAAAGCUGGCGAGCCUAUCCUAAUGGCACCAAAAUUCGGUCUAGAUGAUGGAUCCACUUCAAACUUUGAUGCUACACUAGUACUUGCAACAAUGCUUAUAUCUCAGCUCCAUGAAGGAAAUCCCUCAGAACGUCCAUCUGCAGCUGAUACAGCGCAUGGUCAGGCUGAACAUGGAACAGGGUCUCAAGCACAAGAGAGGACAAGAGCAAAUGUCUCUGACCAACCAUCUGAUCACACCAGAAUUUGGUCUGAACUUUCAGGAAGUGGGGCCAAAAGUUAUAAUGGCGUUGAAGGGGACAGAAAUCCAAACGUUGACAAAGAGAGGGACAUUCAGAGAAUUAGCACAAUGCAUAUUUCUAGGGCUGGGUCUGCCGUGGGAAAUGUGGCAGGUGUUCCUAAUUCUAGCUGCCAUCCCAUGGAAACUGAUCGUGCACAAGACCCUCGAGAAAGGGCAGAAAAUGUCAGCAAUGGUUUAUCACAACACCAUCCUAUUAACUGGGUAGAUGCAGAUGAUGACGAAGAUGAAGGGGAUGAUGAGACUGAACUGUGUGUCCAGUCAACGCCACCGUAUCAUGAAGAAUGAUACUAAUCAUAGCAUUGUCUUAUUGCAAAUGGGGUGGAUGGACUGCUAAAUUAUGUUCAAGUUCAUGCUCGACGCAAAGUUCUUCGAUGAACUUUGGAAGGAAUGGAUGGCCAUAGAUGACAUGAACAGCAAUAGAUGGUGCCAUGAACCAAGUUGAGGGAAGAAUUAUUUGUUUUUACAGCUUGCAAGAGCAAUUCUUCAUUUGCUAUUUUAGGUCUUUAGGAUAAGAAAUAUUUUUAGGGUUUAAUGUGGAAUUGACUUCAACUAAUUUUAAGUGUGACAUGACAACCACCAAGGGUUUUCCUGGACUUGGUACAGGGGAGAAGAGAUAAGGUAGAAAAUGGAGCAGGAAGAGUUGGGAAACUUGCUUAAAAAUAAGUUGGUAUAAAUUGUUUGUUGGAAUCGUGGAACUGUUUGUUAUUGCUUUUUUGGAAUAAUUAUAGCUUAUUUUAAUUUGGAAAUCUGUG